AUGUUCACGACGACUCUUACUUACCAUUUCGCGCAGGGCAGCAUCUACAUUGGCCAGCCUAAAGGCAAGGAAGAAGUUAUCCACGGCCUCAAUACUUACGUUAUUGGUAACCGUGUCAAUCCGCGUGGCAUAGUGGUGAUCUACUCGGACAUCUUCGGCCUAGCACUACCCAACAACAAAUUAAUUGCCGACGCCUACGCAGAGAGCGGCGAAUGGCUGGUUUACCUGCCCGACUUUUUCAAGGGAGACCCUGCGCCACUCAGGUUUGCCGAUGUUGCGAUCCCAGUCGAUGCCGCGAAGCAAUCCACAUUGAGCAAGUAUACGGGGCUUCUUGCUAGUGCGCCAUCUAUAGUGAUGUGGUUGAUGAGGCACAAAGAGCCAGAGACCAAUAAAGUGUGCAUGGAAUUUUUGAAAUCACUAAGAAAGGAAACCCCAAGAACGCAAAAGAUUGGAAUGACCGGGUUUUGCUGGGGUGGCAGGUAUGCGCUUCGAGCAGGGCUGGAAAGCAACAUGAUCGAGCUGGAGGGCAAGAAGGUGCCACUUGUCGAUGCGGUUGUGGCCUUGCAUCCUAGCAAUUUGUCUUUCCCAGAUGAUGUGGAAAAGGUCGUCGUCCCAGUUACAAUCGGCUGGGGGCUGGAAGACAUCGGAGUGAAAAUCGAGCAAAAGGGCAAGGUCGAGGAGAUCCAUGAGCGUGCUAAGCAAGAGGGAAGACAAUAUCCAGAUGUCAUCCAUAAGGUUUAUACACCUGGGCGCCAUGGAUUUGCCGUAAGGGGCAACCCGGACGAUCCGCAGGAGAGAGCAUGUCUAGAGGACUCGAUGAAACAGGCCCUUGACUGGUAUACCCGAUGGCUUUGA